CUUCAAUUGUUCGUUUUUUUGUAUUUUUCAUUUGAGAUUGGAAAAUGCAAUCAAAUAUAAAAAUUUCUCGUGUCACUAGCAGAGGAUUGCUUUUAUUGGGAAACAGUUAUGAACAUCGGAUUUCAUUCUGCCAUAAGCAUACAAUCGCAGCGGUCCCACCCUUGGCGCCAGGCUAUGAUCCGAGAGCUGUAGAAAAAAAUAAAUAUGUACAUCGAAAGCCCCAGAAACUUGUUGGUGGAAAACAUGGAGCAUUUCGCAUGCUUCUGCCACCACCGAAUGUAACCGGGAACCUACAUUUAGGCCACGCGCUAAAUGCGAUUGUGCAAGAUGUUAUAUGCCGGCAGCAUCGACAACUAGGUUAUGAGGUUGAAUGGAUACCAGGCACAGAUCACGCAGGCAUUGCAACGCAAGUGAUUGUGGAGAAAAAUUUGUUAAAAGAACGUGGCAUUACACGACAUCAACUUGGCCGAAUUCCAUUUCUGCUUGAAGUGUGGAAGUGGAAGCGAAAAAAGGGCGAUAGCAUCAUUGACGAUCUUCAAAAGCUAGGAUGCACUCUCGAUUGGGAUAGUGAAUAUUUUACUAUGGACGAGAGGCAAUCGCGCGCGGUCAAUACGGCAUUUAUACGGCUAUUUGAAGAAGGUCUGAUUCGACGUCGAAAAUCACUGGUUAAUUGGUCAUGCGCCUUGGAAUCGGCUAUUUCUGACAUCGAAGUAGAUUUAAUGGAGUUAAAGGGACCCACCAAAUUGGCUAUUCCUGGUCAUGAGAAGAGUGUGGAAUUCGGACGAAUGUAUGAUAUUAAAUAUCGUUUAUGUGAUUCAGAUGAAGAAAUAAUAGUUUCCACAACACGCCCAGAAACUUUGCUGGGCGAUGUGGCUGUUGCUGUGCAUCCUCAAGACCCGAGGUACAACAAAUAUCGUAACCAAGACCAAGUUCUUCUGAAUCAUCCUUUUCGUAAGGAACCCAUUCCUUUGAUUUUCGAUGUAAUGGUUGAUCAAGACUUUGGAACUGGUGCAGUGAAAGUCACUCCAGCGCACGAUCGUACUGAUUUCGAAAUAUCUCAACUUCAUCUGUUAGAGCCUAUACAAGUAUUUACAGAACAAGGCACAAUUACGGAAGAGUUUGAAGAAUUUAAGUGUUUGCCAAGAUUCGAGGCACGGGAGCGAAUUCUGGAUUCACUGUCGAAUCUGCAGCUCCUCGGAGCUACAAAACCUCACUCUAUGGUGUUGCCAAUUUGCUCACGUACAAAAGAUGUAGUCGAAUAUAUGUUACGACCACAAUGGUUUUUACACUGUAGACCUUUGGCGGAUGCUGCUAUAUCGGAAGUGCGCAGUGGUCGAAUGAAGAUUCAACCAGAGAAUUUCGAAAUUGAUUGGUUCCGUUGGCUCGAAUCUUGUCAUGAUUGGUGUAUUUCCCGGCAGCUAUGGUGGGGACACCAAAUUCCCGCUUACUUUGCAAAGGAUGUUGAAGGCAACACCUGCUGGGUAGCAGCGUUAAGUGAAGAAGAAGCCACGAAGUCAGCUAAGCUGUUACUCAAAGCGGAAAUGUGUAGUAUUGAACGUGAUCCGGAUGUUUUGGACACAUGGUUUUCCUCAUCGUUACUUCCCUUCUCUGUAUUUAAUUGGCCCUCGUCUGAGUACAAGACACGCUAUCCAUUAGAUUUAAUGGCGACCGGGCAUGACAUUCUAUUUUUCUGGGUUGCUCGAAUGGUAAUGCUCGGAGUAAAAUUAACAGGUGAGGCGCCAUUUAAAAAGGUGAUUUUAAAUGGAAUCGUUUGCGAUGCGCAUGGCCGAAAAAUGUCUAAAAGUGUUGGCAAUGUAGUUACGCCACAACAAGUGAUUCAAGGCGCCAGCUUAGAGGAUCUUGAAACAGAACUGCAGGCAUCACAUGAUGCUGGGCUACUUAACAAGGAGGAAUUGAAGAAAUCUUUCAAAGGCUUGCAAAAAAUGUUUCCAAAAGGCAUACAACAGUGCGGCACAGACGCACUUCGUUUUACCCUUUGCAGUCAUAAUAUACAAAAUCAUUUUAUCAAUUUUGAUGUGGCCGAGUGUUAUACAAACAAACUAUUUCUCAAUAAAAUUUGGCAGGCAACACGAUACACUUGCAAUGCUGCUGAAAAGCUGAACUUAUCUCUGUCGGAAAUUGAAAGCUUGGAAAAUUGUCCGCUAGGUAAAUGGGAUCGUUGGAUACUCAGUCGAUUAGCUGACACUUUAACAACAGUUGCACAAAGUAUCGAUCAAUAUGAGCUUCAUAUGGCCACUUCAGUACUAAAGCAAUUUUUUUAUAAUAACUUUUGCGACGUUUAUCUGGAAACCACGAAACCGGCUAUUAAUGAAGGCACGGCAAAUGGUUACAUAAAUUGUGCAACACUGGCGACUUGCCUUAGUUGGGGUCUCCAGUCGAUGUCUGUUUUUACGCCUUUCAUUGCCGAGGAGUUGCUGCAAUAUUUGCCACGUGGUAUUACCCUGCAAAUAAGUAAAUAUUUUGACGCAGAUAUUGAAGCGGAGAUAGACAUGAUAUUGACUAUUUGCCAAGCCGUUCGACAACUGAAAAGCCAAAAUAAGAUAUCGAAAAAACAUGAACCAUGUGUUUACAUAUUUGCGGCGGAGAGGACAACUGCUGCUCAACUGGAGUUACAUUUGAAGGAAAUGACUGCACUCACAUUAACUAAAGAGGUGUUUGUUGAAUACUUAGCUCCAACUGAACUGAAACAGCGUAUGCAGAACUUCCAAUUCUUUUCAACGGCGAAACAUUACUGCUCCUUCGGUUUACAAGUCAAUACAAUUUACGAGCAAACGCGUCAGGAACAGAAGCAAUUGCCAGGUAGUACCUUGAAUCAAAAGAAACUAGAACGUCUUCAAGCGGAAUUGGACCGCUAUCGCAUGAGAAUCAUUGACGUAGGCUUCCAGCGUGCGGCCAGUGAAGAAGUGCAAAAACGUCAUAACCAAAAGAUUCAGCAACUAGAAUUAGAAAUAAAAAAUAUAACAAAUUUGGGCAGUUGAAUGGUGCAUUGUCAAAAUUAAAAACGAGUAACGUUUUGUUAAGUUAAAUUUGUUGUUGUUACCUUAAUAUAUACUGAGUUUAAUGAAAUUGGAUUUAUCUAGUAAA